GCUUUCUGCCGAUGGGCAAGAAUUCUUCACCUCAUAUGAUGAAGUCUAUGAUAGUUUUGAUGCAAUGGGAUUACAAGAAAAUCUUCUCAGAGGCAUAUAUGCUUAUGGUUUUGAGAGGCCUUCUGCAAUACAGCAAAGGGGAAUUGUUCCUUUCUGCAAAGGUCUAGAUGUGAUUCAGCAGGCUCAAUCUGGAACCGGCAAGACAGCAACAUUCUGUUCCGGAAUUUUGCAGCAGCUUGAUUAUGGAGUGGUUCAGUGUCAGGCUUUGGUUUUGGCACCAACAAGGGAGCUGGCACAGCAAAUUGAGAAGGUUAUGCGAGCACUUGGUGAUUACCUUGGUGUCAAGGUUCAUGCUUGUGUUGGUGGGACAAGUGUUCGCGAGGAUCAGCGCAUUCUCCAGGCCGGUGUCCACACUGUUGUUGGCACUCCCGGCCGUGUUUUUGACAUGCUGCGGAGACAGUCUCUUCGCCCAGAUUACAUAAAGAUGUUUGUUUUGGAUGAGGCAGAUGAAAUGCUUUCUCGUGGUUUCAAAGACCAGAUCUAUGACAUCUUCCAGCUUCUACCAUCCAAAAUUCAGGUUGGAGUGUUUUCUGCUACCAUGCCACCAGAAGCCCUUGAGAUUACAAGGAAGUUCAUGAAUAAGCCAGUGAGAAUCCUGGUUAAGCGAGAUGAAUUGACCCUUGAAGGUAUCAAGCAGUUUUAUGUGAAUGUUGAGAAGGAAGAAUGGAAGCUAGAGACACUCUGCGACCUUUAUGAGACUCUGGCCAUCACACAGAGUGUCAUCUUUGUGAACACAAGGCGCAAGGUGGAUUGGCUCACUGACAAGAUGAGAAGCAACGAUCACACCGUUUCGGCCACACACGGCGACAUGGAUCAAAACACUCGCGACAUCAUUAUGCGCGAAUUCCGGUCAGGCUCAUCGAGAGUUCUCAUCACCACUGAUUUAUUGGCUAGAGGCAUAGAUGUGCAGCAAGUGUCUCUGGUUAUAAACUAUGAUCUGCCAACUCAACCUGAGAACUAUCUUCACCGCAUAGGAAGGAGUGGAAGGUUUGGAAGGAAAGGUGUUGCUAUAAACUUUGUGACUUUGGAUGAUGCAAGGAUGCUUUCUGAUAUUCAGAAGUUCUACAAUGUCAAUGUAGAAGAGUUGCCAUCAAAUGUUGCUGAUCUCCUCUGAUAACUUCAUUUUUUUCUUCUUAACUCAUCAGAUCUUUUAUUUUUAUAAGAGUUUCUUUUAUUGUUUUUUUUUUUACAAGAAAAAAUUUUGUCUAGAGUUCAUAAAUAUCUUGUUCUAUUUAUAUACCGGAUUCUAUAAUUUUUUGUUCUAUUAUUUUAUUAUAAUGGUGUUUUAUCUU